AAACAAAGUGAUGCCGUUGCCUAUAAAUAUACAUAUCCAUUCUCUUCCUUAUUUCACAGCUACUUCUCACCAUUUCAUCUGCUGCCCCCCACACUCUGUUUUGCUCUCUCCAAAGGCAGCAAAACCCAAAAGAUAGAUAAGAGAUAGCAGAGAAUUGAAAACUUGUAGAAGCUAGCAGCUAGCCAUGGCCAGAGAGCAAUUACAGGUGCUGAAUGCACUUGAUGUUGCCAAAACACAAUGGUAUCAUUUCACUGCAAUUAUUAUUGCUGGAAUGGGCUUCUUCACAGAUGCAUAUGAUCUCUUCUGCAUAUCUCUGGUAACCAAAUUGCUGGGCCGCAUAUACUACCAUGUUGAAAAUGCAGAGAAACCUGGCAUUUUGCCUCCCAAUGUAUCAGCUGCUGUGAAUGGUGUGGCAUUUUGUGGAACACUAGCAGGCCAGCUCUUCUUUGGUUGGCUUGGUGACAAGAUGGGAAGAAAGAAAGUCUAUGGCAUGACUCUUAUGCUCAUGGUCAUCUGCUCCGUUGCUUCAGGCCUCUCCUUCGGGCACAACCCGAAAUCCGUGAUGACAACUCUUUGCUUCUUUCGAUUCUGGCUCGGGUUUGGCAUCGGCGGUGACUACCCUCUUUCUGCCACUAUCAUGUCUGAAUAUGCUAACAAGAAAACUCGAGGUGCCUUCAUUGCUGCAGUCUUUGCCAUGCAGGGCUUUGGAAUUUUAGCUGGUGGUAUAUUUGCUAUUAUUUCUUCAGCUGCGUUUGAGGCCAAGUUUGAUGCUCCAGCAUAUGAGGUCGAUCCAGUUAAAUCCACUGUUCCACAAGCAGACUAUCUUUGGAGAAUUAUUGUCAUGGUUGGAGCAAUCCCAGCUGCAAUGACUUACUACUGGCGGAUGAAGAUGCCUGAAACCGCCCGUUACACCGCUCUUGUUGCCAAGAAUGCGAAACAGGCUGCAUCAGACAUGUCAAGGGUUCUGCAGGUUGACAUUGAAGCAGAACCACAGAAGAUGGAGGAGUCGGUUAGUGCAUUUAAGUUGUUCUCUAAGGAGUUUAUGCGUCGCCACGGGCUUCAUUUGCUUGGAACAACAAGCACUUGGUUCUUGCUUGACAUUGCAUUCUACAGCCAAAAUCUGUUCCAAAAGGAUAUUUUUAGCGCGAUUGGAUGGAUCCCUCCUGCUAAGACUAUGAAUGCUAUUCAGGAGGUUUACAGAAUUGCAAGGGCACAGACUCUUAUUGCUCUAUGCAGCACUGUCCCAGGCUACUGGUUUACAGUUUUUUUCAUUGACAGGAUUGGAAGAUUUGCUAUCCAAUUGAUGGGAUUCUUCUUCAUGACAGUGUUUAUGUUUGCACUGGCCAUUCCAUAUAACCACUGGACUCAUAAGGACAACCGAAUUGGGUUCGUGGUGAUCUACUCGUUGACCUUCUUCUUCGCAAACUUCGGUCCUAAUGCCACUACAUUUGUUGUGCCAGCUGAGAUUUUCCCAGCUAGGUUCCGGUCUACUUGUCAUGGAAUCUCAGCGGCCUCUGGGAAGCUUGGUGCCAUAAUUGGUGCAUUUGGGUUCUUGUAUUUGGCUCAGAGCAAGGAUAAGGCCAAGGUAGAUGCAGGGUACCCUACAGGAAUUGGGGUGAAAAAUUCACUCAUUGUGUUGGGUGUAAUUAACUUCUUAGGGAUAUUGUUCACCUUCUUAGUGCCCGAAUCAAACGGGAAGUCGUUGGAGGAGAUGUCCGGUGAGAAUGAAGAUGAAAAUGAAACUGGGGCAAUGGAGUUGGAGCCAUCAGGCUUAAACAGGAGGACAGUUCCAGUUGCCUAGGUUAUUAUAAGCAGCUUGUAGAAAUAAUGUUGUAAGCUUUUUUUGGUUAAUUUUGGUGAGAGGGAAGCUCUAGUUUUCUAUUGCCCUCUUCCCUCUAUGUUGUUGUGACUUGAGUCCAUAUAUUAUGUCAAGGAAGGAAUUUGCAGAGGAUGCCAAAUAUUAAGAAAGAAAAUUUCCUGCUUCUUCAUUUGUAUUCUCAUGUAGCUUCAAGCCUACCGUCAACUCAAUGGCCAUUGUUGUUGCUUCCAAA